GGCUCAUAUCGACUAUUGUGUGUUGCUGAAUGCGCCGCGCCUGCGGCCGUAAUGUGUCUUGUAUGGGCAUGUUACCCGCAAAUAGUGCUUCGGUCAUCACUACCUGUGUUUCCCAAGCUGUAAUUAUGCCUUAGCUUAAACAUAUAUGACAUUUCCAAUCAGAUCUUUAUAUUUUCGUGGAUAUAUUGGAAAUAUGAACUAUUAUGGCCCUACACCGGAUGACGGCGGAUUUGGGCACCCCAUCAUCAAGUCUGAACCGCAGGAUUAUCCUGUGAUUAAACCAGAGCCCCAGCAGGCCUACCCUACCAUCAAGGCUGAACCACAAGACACAUACCACCAAUACAACCACCCCCACCAUCAACACCAACACCAACACACCGGUGGAGGAGGUGGUGGUGGAGGAGGAGGAGGUGGUGGCAUGCCACCUUAUAAUGGCGGUCACUACAUCCCCCCACCACCGGUCAUCCAGACGCCCUCACCUGAUCCGCAGCAGCAGCAGAAGCCAGGCAAGAAGCCCAAACAGGAGAAGCAGACAGCAGAUAAGUUGAAGGAGAAGAAACCCAGGAGGAAAGUGGAUCGUUUCAAUGGGAUGCCUGAGGAGGAGGUCGUCAAGAGGACACUACCGGACAUUCUGGUCCACAAUCUAGACAUUGUCAUAAUUGGCAUCAACCCAGGUUUAAUGGCUGCAUACAAAGGUCACCAUUAUGCUGGACCAGGAAACCAUUUUUGGAAGUGCCUCUACCUGUCUGGUCUUGUACCUGAACCAAUGACCUGCAUGGAUGAUGUCAAGCUACCUGACUUUGGAGUAGGAUUCACAAAUAUCGUUGGCAGGACAACGAGAGGAAGCGCAGAUCUCAAGAGGAAAGAGAUAAAAGAAGGAGCCAAGGUAGUGGUAGAAAAGAUUCAGAAGUACCUUCCUUUAAUAGCGUGUUUUAAUGGCAAGGGCAUCUAUGAGAUCUACAGUGGCAAGAAAGACUUUGAGGUUGGCAGGCAACCUGAAAACAUUCCAGGAACUGAAACAGUUGUUUAUGUUAUGCCUUCUUCAAGUGCAAGGUGCUCACAGUUUCCCAGAGCACAGGACAAAGUCCCAUUCUACAUAACUCUCAAGGAGCUGAGAGAUAAACUUAAAGGAACUCCUCUUUCAGAGAUUAGAAGACCACCAAUAGAGACCAUGCCACCAACCCCUGUCAAAUCAAAGAGCAAGAAGAAACAACAACAGCAGCAACAGCAGCAGCAACAACAGCAGAUGCAGCAACAACAGAUGCAGCAGCAGGCGCCACCACAUCCGGCAUUACCACCACCACCACCACAACAAGUACCGCAUCAUCCAGGGGUGAAAUCAGAGCCGGUCGAUGGGGCUUAUCAUGGAGGGAUGGGGGGCUGUGGGUUCCCUGGCCAACCCCCUAUGCAUGGGGGAGUGGAGAUUAAAAGAGAGCCUGGCCUUGAUGGGCCUCAUAUGCCAUCAAAUCCACCGCCUUACUAUCACCAUGUAUCCCAGCCUCAAGCACAACUACUGCCUCCACCUCCUCCCCAGCAGAUGGGUAGCAGCGGUGGCACAGGGUUUACCCCUAUGCAGAGGUCUGAGAACUCCUUUGGUGUGAAGCAAGAGGCUGGCGAUUAUACGUUAUGUUCCUCUGGUUGGAAUUCAGGCCAGAGUAUGUCUGUCAUCAAGCAAGAGCCCAUGUCACAUAACUAUGGACAAUAUGACGUUCAGCAUGUCCACAAUCCAAGCAUGCUGGACCUCAUGGACGAUUUCUUGGAUCAAAUACCUUGCAUCAAUAACCAGGGAAUACCAGUAGGUCAUCGGCAAGCCAUAGGGCAGGGAACAGCCGGACCCAGGGGAGCAACUCCCCAACAAAACCAGCCAUACAGCAACAAUAUGUGCCGUCCACCAGCUCCUCAGCAGCAGCGCCAGCCACAGCAGUCGCCUCCCAUUCCACCAUCACAACCUCCACCACCACCACCAGCAACAGCAGCAUCCCGCUCACCACAACAGCAGUCAAUACCACAACCUGCUCAACAUCAGAACAUCCAACUGAGCUCCAUGCAGGAGAGAUCAAGUCCUAGUAACCCUAUGAUGCCAGGGUUUAAGCAGUCAUCAUACCAGAAUAUGCCUGCUUCUGGCCAUCAAGGCUACCUUCAACAGGAGCCUAACCCAGGCGGUGGAGGUGGAGGUAAUAUGUAAGGAUUCCCUCAGCUCUCUCUCCAUCCAGUAUAAUCACCUUCAGUCCAGGUGAGAUUGUUUUUAUGUCAAGUUGUGAAAUCAAUCAUGUCACAAAACCUAAAACAGUUGGUACUUAAAAUGGUCUGUAUCCCAUUAGAUGAAAUUGGUCACCUUGCAUUCUGAUUUGUCUGCCAAUUCAAAUUGUGUGAUUUUAUAGUCAUGCCUUUUUUUCUUUUGAAACAAUCCUAAUGAUUAGACCUAAUGUAUUAGCUGAGAAAAAAUUUCUGAAACAUAUGUUGCUCGAUAUGUUGAGAAUCAUGUAUUUGCGUAAUAUAUGUACUAUUUUGCAGCUUCAAUAUUUUAAUUUGAUGUUAUUGUUGAAUUGCAAAUAUAGGAUGUCUAGUUUGUGGAUUUGUUGUUUGCUGCUAUUUUGUGUCAGUUUCAUGUUUUAUGCAAAGCAGUAUUGUAAUCAUGCUAUUAAUUAAAUGAAUUCAAUUGAAAAGUAUCAUGAGCAUUUUCUGUUUAUAAUUGCUCAUGAAAAGUCUUUACAAUACCAGAUCAUGAUUUUUAACUUUCUCAUUUUUAAGUAUAGUAGUCCUAAUUGAGAUAGUAAAAUUUGUCAUUCCGAACAAAUAGGACAAGAAAGAAAGGUUCUAUGCAAAGAAGUUAACAAAAGUUACAAUGUAGAAGAAAGGAAAGAAUUUUGUUUGCUUGUGUUUUGAUGAGUUAUAAGCCCAGUACGAGGUUUACAUGCCCUUAAAUGCUUGCCCUGUAUUGAAUGAUUUCACCUCCAUGAGUCAAUGCAAGCAGUAUGAUGAAAUAUAAGACUGAAAAAUCUAUGAGUAACACUUAGCACUUUGUGCUGAGAUGGAAAAAUGACUCGGUACUAGUGGAGUGAGAAAAGAUUGACUUGGGUCGAUUUUUAUUGACAAAGUAACAACCAUAGCUCUUAAAUGGGGCCUGAUGCUGAAGAAAGAAAGGAGGAAUAGGAUACUGUAUUCUAUAGAUACAUGGCAGAGUGACGGAACCUCUUUACAUUUUGUGUUUCGUACAGAAUUUCAUAGAAAUAAGUUGAAUUUUGCCUGUAGAUUGGACCAAGUUACUGCAAGUGCUAUUGUCAUGUUGCUUGUUUGUUCCCAUCGAUAUUAGUCUAGUUAUUUGAGGGUUAUCAACUUCUGUUUUGUGCUAAUUUUCAGAUUCAUAUUAUUUAUGAAUUUGAAUGACCAGAAAAUGAAAAGUGACUUUGAAUGAGCAUGUUAACAUUGUUCUAUGGGGGCUUGAAGAGAAGGAUGUUUCCUUUUAGUUUGUAUAUUGUUUUAGGACUUUAUCCACAUUUGUAUAUGUGUAUAUUUAACACUGUCAUUCAAUAAUGCUUGAUGUAGUCAUUAUACAAGGAUGAAUUGAUGAAUUUAUUAAUUACUCAAUGCAAUUUAUGAGCUUGUUGGAAUGUACAUUGUCACUGCUCAAUACAUGUAGCCCCGGUUGUACAUGUUUGCUUUUAAAUAGAAGAUUUAUAUGCUGCUUUAAUUUUACUGCUGUAAUAAGCUACCUCAAUAAAUAUAAAUGGAUUAGAUGUGUUCAACCAAUGGGAUGCCAUCCUUUGAUUUAAAGGAUGAUAAGAAUACAUUAUUAUAGAAAUGCAAUGGGGCAUCAAUCCCUGAUUCAUUAUCUUCCCUUCCCUUCCCUUCUAUCUUGUUCCUAUAUUUUGAUGCCAUCUUGCUCUGCAAAGGACAUAUAUUCAUUUCUCCAGUUACCUCAAAUGUCAGAGAUAUGUAUGUUUUCAGAGUUCCUUUUUAAACAAGUAUUUAUUUAGCAUCAGAUGUUCUCUGCCAGUUUUUAAUUGUGUUUGCAUUUUGCUUCAUGCAAUGAGAGUGCAAUGUAUGCAUAGUACAGGGUAACAAAUGUGAGAGUUCAAGGGGAGAUGUAUUGCUCAAAGACAAAAAUGGAGAUGAUAGUGGAUGCAAUCCGAAGUAAAGAAUGAUAGAAGAGAACAUGAACACUUAAACACUUGUACCAGGGUGGGCUAUGCACAUACCUAGUCUAUGUUUCAGUUCUUGACAAUGAAGUAGUAGAAAGUAUAGAUUUCAGAUGAAGUGAGACUAGAUAGGAGUAUCUUGUUGAGUACUUCAAGUCCCUCUAGGUAUCAUCAUGUUGUACAUGGAUUGGUAGCAAGGACACAAGAAUGCAAUCCAACAAGGCUUCCCUAAAUGUCAUAUAUACAGGGUUACACAUUUUCUUGAAGGUUUAUUUUUUAGAAGGUUCAUAAUUCGAAAACGAAUGAGGGUUCUAUUUCAUUUUAGGAAUUAUGAACCCGUUUUUAUUUUGGAAUUAAUUCUCUUUCAUUUUUUGAAAUUAGAAGCUCCUUUCAUUUUCUGAAUUAACCUUCAGAAUUACGAACCUAAUGGAAAAAUUGAUCUUUGGCAUUAUGAACCUUCAGGAAGACUACAUGCAACCAUGUGUAGAAGUCCAUGCUUAAAGACUACAGGUACCCUUAAUCAUUCACUACAUCGGUUUCUCCUUUGUUGAAAAGAAUGUACAUGUAUUUAUGCAUGAAUCGAAAAUGACAAGAACUUUAUAUCAUUUUCUAUUUGAGUGCCUCAGUGCUAAAAAUAAAAUGCAUUCGAUUAGCUGCAAUAUGAGGAAAGAACAUUUUCCUCUUUUAAAAGCAAGGUAUUGUCAUUUUUUAAAGUAAUGAUAAGAAGAGUAAGUAAAAUUGGGUAAAGAUUUCCUUAUUACCCAUGUUCCAUUUUACCUCAUUGUUUCCCCCUGUAUAGAUCAUAUAUAUCUAUAUUUUAUAAUAUAUGCAUCAAAAAAAUAUGUUAACUACCACAUUUAUUUAUAAUUAAAUGGAUAACGUCGCGUCAAUUUUGAUAGUGUCCAGGGGUUUCUUGCAUAAAAAGCACAUUAUAACACAACACACACAAAAAUUGCACCAGUCCUGAAUUUCUUGAAUUGCAUUUAUGCUUUUAAUCAAGUUUUAAUCAAGAGGGACCAAGCAACACACACAUGUAAUGCCUGCCUCAAGCUUUGUUUGUUUGUAUGUUUCAUUUUUUUUAAAUGUGUAAUUUCCAUCACCAUUACAGAAAAAACUGAAUAUUUGGUUUUCAGCAUGCCUUUGUAGCCACUUAUUAGUAUGAUAGAUAAGUCUUUUUGAGAUUUCUAUGAUUAAUGUUACUUUAGAUAUGUUUGUAAAAGUCUUUUUUUUUACAUAUCAAACCUCACGGCAUGUUCGUUUAAAAAAAAUAACAAAAAAUAACAAAUACCCAAACAAACAAACAAGCCACUGCUAGGUUUUUCCAUUUCUUAAGCAUUUAGGACAGGUAAAGAAAGGAGGAAUAUAAUUCUGUGUUUUUAAACAUUUUAGCUGCAGGUGAUUCAUAUUUUAGGUGUAAAAAUAUGAAAAAGAAGUCUCUUUUGUUUCUGUAAUCUAAUAGCUGUCAUUAAUAAGUAGAUUCAAUGUUGAUGUUAACACAUGAAGUGUGAUGAGAUUAACCAUUAUACACUUACUUUUAUUUCCAUCAUAUGAAGAAAGCUGCAAACACUACCCUAAUGAACCUUUAAGAAUCAAUCAAAUUAUCCACUGAAGAUUCAUUUGAAGUACACGACGUACCCUGUGUGAUUGCACUUUCUAGCCAUCAGCUAAUACUUACUUUUUGCUCCCUUAUUUUUUCUAAAAAAUUCCUAACAAUGAGGUUUUAUAUCUUUUACUCUGUAUGUAGUUUGAUGCGUAAGGAAUCUUCUUUUCUUGCAGAAGCUUAGAAUUCAAUAAGAUAUUGUUCUGUCUGGAAGAGGUUAGAGAGUAGUAGUCAAUUUGAUAUGAUUCAUCAAUGAAAGAUUAUGUCAUGUUCAAAUCUGUGUGGGGGAGCAAAUUAGCUGCUCAAAUGCAUGCUACCAAUAUAUACAACCAUGACAAUGAUACAGAGAAAGAAAGGCAAGGGGAAAAGAGAGAGAACAAAGACUAACCCCAGUGCUCAGAACAUUAAAUGUUCGUACGUGCCAAUGGAUUUGCACAAUUAUGAUUUCAAUUUAGCCGACCAAACAUUCAUGGAUGUUGUCAUUGAAUUGGCAUAAUACGUGAAUAGGCUCUAUAUGUAUGUGGAUGAAGUGAGUGAGUGAGCCCGUGAGUGAGCCCGUGUAUGAAUACAUAUCAUGAGAAUGCCUACACGUUCACUGCCAGUCAGUCGCCUAUUCUACAUGUGUGUUGAAACCAUGUGUGUGUGUGCUUGUGUGUGUCGCCCCCUGGUUGUACGCACUAGGUAGGUUAUUGCAUUUAGUCUUUGACUCGAUCUGGUCUUUUGUUCACCCAUAGGUUUGUGUCAUACAUUUAAGGGGUCAUUUAGAUGCCAGAGAAAAUUUCAGCUUUGCAAUUGGAAAUGUCAUUAUAGUAUCUAUUAGUAAAGUACAUGUAUAUGUAGCAGUGUCAGAAAUCUUGAAAGUAGAUCGUUAUAAAGAUAUUAAUCAAGUACCAUGUUUUACUUCUACUAGACUAGAUAUGAAUAAUUUAUGAAUGACAUGUCACGUUUACAUUUAACAAUCAAUUUCACUAAUUCCCAUUGUAACAUUUUAUUGUUUGAUGAUAGAUUAUGUAUAUGUUCAUUCAAUCAAUUUAUGAUAUGAUAAGAAAGAUCAUGUAUUGCCAUACCAUAUAAGACCAAUAUGUUUAUUUUCAUAUGGAGACCAACCAAUAUAUGAGAGAGAAACCUCAACUGCAUGCUUCCCAUCUAUUUGAUUUAAAUCAUUGCUAGGUAAUUGGCUAAUGAAAUGACUGAUUUAGAACCCAAACCACAUCAUGCUAUUAACCCCUGCCUAUACUAUACCAUUGAUGGAGUAUGUUCAUUCGAAUCUAAUCAUGGUCAUGAAUUCGUUGUAGACUGGUUUAGCGAUCGACACAAUAGAAUAAAUAGCAGUGCACAGGAAAUGUCAUUUCUAUUUCAUUUUUUCAAUGAUUUUUUUAUGACUUUCCCUCUUUAAUUUGGGAAAUUGCUCUAUGAUAUUUCAGCAAGCCAGCUUUUUUUUCACUGUCAACUUGUCGAAGCAAAUAGAAUCAUACACUCUAAGUGGGUAGUAUUCACGGUUUGAAUAGGUUUCUUUUUCUUCUUUUUGGUUGUUGUUGCAAUGUAUGUAUGCAGUUCAUGCUGGAGCCCUAAAAAUGAGCUAUUUGCAUUUCUCUAACAGCAAAUACCAUAGGGUUGUGCUACAGAAAAAAUAAGGAGAAAUAAGAAAGGGAAAAAAGUCUAGGAAUUGGGGUAGCAAAUAGAAGUCUUAGUGCCUGGCCCACACGGCCAGUAGAAAUCUUUGUGUGCUUUGAUUGGUUCACUAUACAAAUAUACUCCAUGCAAGUUUAUUACAUGGCUUCUAUUCUGUAGGGAAAAUAGGGAGAAAAGAUAAUUUUAUGAACCAGAGCUUGUUGAUCAUCUGACAGAAUGCUAUUUACUGAAUGUUUCCCUCAUAAUAAGAAUUCCCUUCAACCAAGAAUAUGAAAUUUAACUUCAAAAUUUGAUUUGUGCUUGGGAGAUGUACAUGAAAUAUCUGCUGAGGAAUAAAGCAAGGAACUUUUUAUUAUUUCAAAUUUGAAAUAAUAAUUUGUUUUUAAAGUGAAUUUAUGACUUUGUCAUACAAGGGAUAUAGCUGAGGUUGUUGUCAUGGAUGGAUGAAGUUAGACCUUGAGAACUUGUUAAAGAAAAUAUACUAAAAUGGGUUUGUAAGUGCACUACAACAUGUAUUCUCUUAGAAAUUAGCAAUGUUUGUUAUGAAAUGCGCAAUUUGAAAGUGCAUGUAUUGCAAUUUCGGUUUUACUUUGAUGUAUAACUCAUUUAGCUUUCUGUCAAUUUUCUAAUUAUGCCAAGUGAACGCACAAAUUUUCAAACCAAAUAUGGAAGCAAGAGAGAGUGGGAGACAGAAGUAGAAAUGCUGAAUGCAGAAUUUGUCUUUUGUUAGUGAAUAAAUUAUGCGGGGUAAUUACUGCUCAAGGUCUAGUAUUGUAGCUUGAAGUGUUUCUAUGGUAGAGGUCAGAGAGAAUUCUAAGGCUUGACCCGGGGUCGCUUUCUAUUCUUCUCCCUAAGCCCCCUUUCUUUUCUUCUCCCUCUAGACCUCUGAGUGGUAGAAAAGCUGCCUUUUGUGCGAGCUAGCUGCCAUCUUAAUAGCGGCUCUCGAGUGUAAGUAACACUCACAAUAUAUGGGCAGGAUUGCACUAUUAUGCCACUUCAUAUUUCAAUGUAUUAUCAUAUUAUGCUCAACUCCUUUGUUGCGUUGAGCAGCAUAUAGCCGGUGGUACUGGGGCAAGCUAGUCUGUUCAGUCUCCAGUCAGUCAGUCAGUCAGUCAGUCAGUCAAGAACCUAACCAGUAAUACCCCCAUUAGAGACAAGGCAUGAAACAGAAUGUCCAUAUCAAGUGCAAUAAAACCAGGUUUCAUUAUAUUACCAGUUGGGUUUUUAUUACAUUAUGGAUGUAUAAUCUAUUGAAUGUAUUGCUACUAAUCAUAAGAGGAAUUAACUAGCAUUUCUUAUCUUUCAGUAUUGGAUACUAUAUUAUGUGAUUUUGGUCAAUGAAAUUGUUCACCAAAUUCAUAUUUUGACAUUUCUCUAUUGUCUUCAUGUAAUGAUUUUGUUUAUGAUGUAGACUAAAUUUAAACAGUAUUUGGGGAUAAAUUGGUUUAUAAAUUUGAUGAGAACCUAAUUGUGUUUUUUUUAAUUAAUAAAACUUGUAUUUAUUAUUGUUUUCUCUGUAUUUUACCAGGUACAUAUACCCAGUUUAAGCUGCCGGUAUAUGUUUGGUUAAGAGUUUCAACAAUGAGCAACUCUCAAAUCACACAUUUUGAAUUUUUGAACAUCAAUUGAACUGACAUUUAGGAACUGCUAGAAUGGUGGCUUUCCGCUCAAUGUUGUCUCCAUUAAGAUAUUGUCAAUGCAUUUGCGUAGAGCUGACUUUUCAAAUAUUGUGCAAUACUGCCUUUUUUUUGUACAUUAUCCUCCUAAGCAUAGUGUAUUGAAUUUUACUGUAAAAAAAGUACAUUGAUGCAUCACUUUGCCAUUAGAAAAUACACUUUUUUAAAUGUAUAAAUCAAAAUGGUCUGUUAUACUAAAAACUACAUCUCCAUUUUAAAUUCUGCCAAAAUUUGCAAUUUGUGCUCAUUUAUAAAGAAAUGUAAAUACUGCAGAUCAUACUUUGAAAUUAACUUUAGAUACACUAAACUGAUUAUUCACUUUUCCAUUGAUUUUUAGAAUUGUUUUUUAAUCUUGUUGAUUAUUCCUAUAUAUUGGUGUUGAAUGUCUUCAAUAUAUAUGAUUUAAGUGUCUUAUAGAUUUAACCCUCUUAUCUAUUUUUGAUCAUGAAAUUGAGAGCAAUACAUUGUAGUUACAAUACAAGGGGCCAAACUGUGUGUUGCAGCUUGAUUCUAAUUUUUUUAGAUAAGUAUUGAAAAUACAUAAUUAUUUAAGUGUUUAUAAGAGCCUAAACAUUGGAUGUCUAUACUCCUAUUUGACUGUAUGCCCCAAAGAGGGUGUAUUAAAUAAGUGUGAGAAUAACAAAUUACUCUAAUCUUGGGGUAUGUUGACCUCGUGUGGCAAAGGUAUCGAGGCCUGAUCUGAACCCAUUUUCAAAGGAUAUUUAUGCAUUUGUCAUGGUAUUACAUUUUCUCAACUAACUUAUUAACUUGUAUAUCUGUUUUGUCAUGUACAGAUGAAUUAUGUUAUGUUUUUAGUUACUUUGCUGUUUUUAAGUACCUUUUUAUUUUUGUACCGCAGGCAGGCAGGCAGGACAAGUCAGUCCAUGUGUUUCUAGUGCUUAUUGGACCAUGCGCUGAUCUAUAUCAUUUCAGAGCUCAAGUAUUUAUCAUGAACAAAUAAUUUAAAAGUUCUGUUAAAAGUUUUGUGUUUUUUGUACAUGUAUAUUGAAUAUGAAAUCUCUGUCUCAAAUAUGAACUGAAUUACAGUCAUUUGAGAACGUUAUUGCCAAUUCUUGAGAUGGAGUACUGUUUGCAAAUUAUUAUUAUUUUUUUGACUGUACAGUUUCAUAUGAUUGAAUUAGAGAAAAGACCAAACAUGUACUGUAUUUAUUAGUAUUGUUACAUCACAUGGACAUUUGGUACUUUUUUGUGUCACAAUGUUCAACAUGUAUGUUUGUAUAAAAUCAUGGAAAAUCAGAUGAAAACAAUGUUUUGAAAGAAAUUGUAUGUUGACAUAAAGAAUGAUUUUUGUACAAUUUCCCUGUAGAUUGUAGUGAAAUGUUUUAGUGGAUGUCAUGUAGUGGCAGUGGAUGUUCAUGUUUCAGAUACGAUGGAUGAUCAUCGGAUGGUAGACGUACGUGACAUCUACAUUGCAACAUUGGAAAUUCAAGAAUGGAUAUGUGUAGGAAUUUUUGAAGAAAAAAAAAUGUUAUAAAAUGCUAGUGUUUUGGGUAGAUGAAUAUGAAUUGUGAGUAGGAGUAGGUAGAAACAUGAACUGGUGUCAUUUGUUGAACAGUGAUGUGAAUAUGUGUCAGUUUUGAGCAAUAUGACAAUAAAGAAAAAAAAAUGUA